AUGUUUUGUCUAGCAAGAACCAUUAUGUGGUGCAGAAGUGCAUUAGUUGGCAGGUCCUGGUUAGGUCCAGAGCUGUCCACUCGUUUCAUUGAUCCUGUUGGUAAUUCAAUCGCAAAAUAUAUUCAGUUGAAAUGUGCGUAUAAGCCACACGACACCGGAACGACCAUGUCGAGAUCAGAAGCAGGUCAGGCCGUCGAGCCCAACGCGUACAAGCUGUGGAUCCACUGCAACCGCUGCUACGCCCUGUUCACCGACAAGCAGCACACCUUCUUCCUGCUCGCCUGCCACCACGUAUUCUGCGAGCGUUGCGUCAAAGUCUCCGCCGGCCGCACGCCCAGCGACGCGCCCGUCUUCGAGUGCCCCACCUGCCGGCGGAGCGUCCGUGGCCGCCAGUUGAUCAACUCGAUGCCCAACCACUUCAAGCAGCUAUUCCACCCGGAACCCUUCACUGUCGGCAACGACUUUGCCGUAACUUUCCAGCGAUGCAACCACCGCCACUUCGACAAGUACAAGGAGAGGAAGGAAAUGGAGAUGGAAAAGCUGUGCAAGGACAUCGAGGUGGCCAAGUCCGUUUGCCAGAAACGCUUUCUGGAGGCGCAAAUGCUGCGCGUGGAGCGCAAGAAGCUGAUGCAGCGGUCGCGGUACAUCAAAGCGGAAGAGAUCAAUCGGAAGGCGGAAAUGCAUCGGAUGACCCAGACCAUUCGGAACCGCUCGUUGACUUCCCAGAGCUCAUCAUCCGCACAAAGUUCGGUCCGUGGACGUUCUCGUGGCCGUGGUGGAACCACACACUCAUCUUUGAGUCGACGCCGAUCAAGGGAUUCAAGGGAAUCGGACCGCAGUUCUUCAGCCAAACGCAAGCAGAUCACCAGCUUCAUUCACCCGCCCAACCACUCAUUCGAUCUGUGA